UUAUACAAAACUAAUUUAUUGAACAGCUUUAAUCAAAUAUUAUUGUUAUAUUUAUUGAAUAAUGAAUUCAAUACUAUUUAUAUUGACUGCAUUGGUGUUGACUUCUAAUACUUGUGAAUCAGUUCGCGAGUUCAAAGUGGAUCCCGAAAACAACCAGUUCCUCAAAGAUGGUCAACCAUUUCGUUACGUCUCGGGAACUCUUCAUUACUUUAAAGUGCCGUCAGUUUUAUGGUUGGAUCGGAUGACCAAAUAUAAAGCCGCCGGACUUAAUGCCAUUCAAACUUAUAUUGAGUGGAAUUUUCACGAACCAGAAGAGGGUGUCUUUGACUUUGAAGGCGAUAGAGAUCUCAUUAAAUAUCUGCAAACCGCUAAUGAUUUGGGACUUUUGGUUAUCCUAAGAACCGGACCUUUCAUUGAUGCCGAAAGAGAUUUGGGAGGACUUCCAUAUUGGCUAUUGUCUAAUAAUCGAGACAUGAAAUUAAGGACAUCUGAUCCGUCGUAUGUGAAAGCCAUCGAAAAAUGGUUUUCACUGUUGUUACCAAAGUUGGUGCCAAUGCUGUAUAAAAACGGCGGACCAGUUAUUAUGGUUCAGAUUGAGAAUGAAUACGGAAGUUAUUAUGCCUGCGAUUAUGGAUACACUUCUCAUUUACGGGAUCUACACAUUCACUACUUCGGCAAAGAUGUCCAAUUGUUCACCACUGAUGGCAAUGGCGACUCUUUCUUAAAGUGUGGAAAAAUAGAUAACGUGUUCGCAACCGUCGAUUUUGGUCCCGACGCCGAUCCCGUCCAGUCGUUCAUAGCCCAGAGAGCGCACCAGGAGUUUGGGCCAUACGUUAACUCCGAGUACUACACGGGUUGGAUCGACCACUGGGAACGACCCCAUUCUACCGCCACUUCUCUACAAGUGUGCAAAACAUUG